UCAUCAGUGUUCGUCUUUCUAUGGACGUGCAUACAAAGUUAUCUGUUGGAAAAGAUUGCAUUUACGAUUAACGGCUUUAUUCUUAGUUAUAGGAAUAGUUAAGUUAUAUCAUUAAAAUUAAAUUUCUAACGUAUAAAUAUGAAUCAUUGAAUAAAACAAUUAAAAAAAUUAGUGACAGGUGGUUUGACGUUUAUUCGCCGCCAUCGUUAUUAGCGACAGUGAUCUGCCAUAUUGCGCGUGAUAUAAAGAAUUGUAUUACAUUUACGUUAUUACGGUUAUUAUUUGUACAUUCAGUGCAAUAGUUUAUUGUUUAUGUAGUAACAAUAAUUACAAGCGAUUUCCUCGAUUGAAUUUCUGAGAAAAUACUUCCCGACAAAGCGCUGUAAAACGAAACAAAAUGUCAACUGGACCAUAUAAUUAUUCUUAUAUCUUUAAGUACAUUAUCAUAGGAGAUAUGGGAGUAGGUAAAUCAUGUUUACUACAUCAGUUUACAGAAAAAAAGUUUAUGGCAGAUUGCCCGCAUACUAUUGGUGUUGAGUUUGGAACUAGAAUCAUUGAAGUGGCAGGCCAGAAAAUAAAAUUACAAAUAUGGGACACUGCAGGGCAGGAACGUUUCAGAGCAGUUACUAGAUCUUAUUAUCGGGGAGCAGCUGGAGCAUUAAUGGUCUAUGAUAUUACUCGUCGUUCAACUUAUAAUCAUCUUAGCAGCUGGCUUACAGAUACCAGGAAUUUAACAAAUCCAAGCACUGUUAUAUUUUUAAUUGGUAACAAAAGUGACUUGGAAGGUCAACGAGAUGUUACUUAUGAAGAAGCAAAACAAUUUGCUGAUGAAAAUGGUCUUAUGUUUGUAGAAGCUAGUGCAAAAACUGGACAUAAUGUCGAGGAAGCUUUCCUGGAAACAGCAAAGAAAAUAUUCCAAAGCAUACAAGAUGGCCGCUUGGAUUUAAAUGCAGCAGAAUCCGGAGUUCAACACAAUCCCAGUCAACCAGGACGUACCAAUCUUCAAGGAGUAUCUAAUGAACAGCAGGGUGGAAAAGACUCUUGCUCCUGUUAGGUCUUUAUUUGUUUGUAUAUAGAAACAUGAAUUCCUCGGUACUAUUAAUGCAUAUAUGAUUUAUACUAAGUAUAGCAAGCAAAUAGUCUCCUGUCUUUAUCCCUUUACCUUUGAUAAGUCAAAUCUACUUAAUAAAAGUUAUCAAUUCGUUUUUAGAAUUAAUUUGCAAAACAAAGAUAUGAAUAUAUGAUUCAGUAUAAAUAUACACACAUAAAUUAUACUGAUGGUAAUCAUUCUGUAUUGGCAUUGUGAUUGAUAUUUUAAUGUUAAAGCUUUUUUAUGAUUAUUGUCAUUUGCAUAUAUUUUCCAUAGAUCGUAUAUUCUGUUGUGUAAGGAUAUUAAAUAUUAGACAAUAUGUUGUAUUCAUAAAUCUUAUAGUACACGUGUACAAGGUGCAUUGCACGAGACAUUUACUUAAUCACAUGAAAAUAUGAUAAAUGUGAAUGUGACACAGUUGAAUAAGAUAUGUAUUUACUAUUGUAAAUUAAAUUCGUGGAACAAGAUUGAACAUGUUUGUUCGCGUUUGUUAUCUAAUUUGCAAUUUGAAAGUUACUGUACUAUAAGGUUAAAUGCAAAAAAAUUAUUGGUAAAACAAAUUUCUCAGCAGGAUGAAAACAAAACAAAACAAAAAAUUGUCAUAAAAUAGCAUAAUGAAACAAUAUUGAUAUCA